GCAAUAUUUGAAGCAUAACACAACCAAAACAAGCUUUAGCUAACCAAAGCACAUACAAAGCUACCAUGGCUAAUUUUCAAAUGAAAAAAGUUCAACAAUGCACACACGGCAAGCUGUGGAACUCUUCCAGCGAAGCUCUAACCUUGACCGACAAGAAAGUUUGGCAAGGCUCUCAUUAUGCGGAUUUCCCAGAAAUAAUUGAAGAUGGGGAUGCGAGUGAGUUUACACAUGAAUCAGUGACUGAUGAUGCUGAUAUUCAUGGUUCAGUUGCUGGUCUUGUGUACAGGCGACGUGAUGGAACUAAGUGGAUUGUUGCCUGGAGCAACCCACAAGCUGAGAACAGCAAGGUCUAUACUGAUAUCCAGAGACAACCUGUUCACUGGGGGCAAAUCAAAACCAACCUUGAGAAAAGAGGAAAACCAAAAUUUAAAGUUACAAAGUUUGGUUACAAUGCAUCUAUUGAAAUUGAUCCCGUGAGUCGUUCACCCACAAUGAAGGCAUCAUUUGAGUUAGAGGCAUAACUGCCUUAUCGUCUUCAUCAAGCUGUGGUGGUAAUUAAGGCUAUCAAAAUUAAAUAAUAGUGUGAUGCUUGCUGCUGCAUUACCUGUACUACUAUUAUAGUAAAAAGAUUUGAUAGCCAGUAGAACCAUUAGAAAGUGUGUAGGCCUUCACAAUCAUGUCAGUGCCAUGUAUAUGUACAUGGUUGACUAUUUGUGUAAUAUUAUCGAAAAAUAAAACAAAAUGGCCUUUACUAUUUUA